AUGCCCAUCGAACGAAGUGUCGAUGUUUGCCAAAGAAAGUUUGCCAGUUUUAACGAAAGCGUUUCCGAUGCCUGGGCCGUAGACGAGGCGGCGGAGGACUGUUUGAUCAACUCAAGUGCCGCCCACAGUUCCGCCCAGUCGGUCCUUCAGCAACAUGCGACCCUGUGCAACGCCUAUCGGCUCAACGGUCGACCUCACGGCAACAGCAGUCUUUGCCGCACGCGCGCGAUGCAACGACUGGCUAUUCAGAAAGAACCACUACCUCAGUCUGCCGUGACGUCAACGAAUAAGAAGAUUGACAUCCAAUAUGCAUCGCUUUAUCCAAAACUGCCCGAACUUGACUCUGGUCGUACUUAUCAUAGUCGUCAGUGCCCGUGUGAGAAUUUGGAAACUGCGCGUCAGGCGAAGAUCGAACACGUGCUACAGAAGGACAGAUUGGCUAACGCGGAUGUUGAGGAACUGAAAAAGGAGUGCUGGAGAGGAAUCUCACCAAGAUUGCGACCAAGCAUCUGGCGGAUACUUUCAGGUUAUGCGGUUUCAAAUGCAAGGCACGAACAGUCGAAUUUGCGCCGAAAGCGUGGUCAAUACUUUGAUCUGGUCGAGGCGUAUUUCCACACGAGGUCAUCUGACGAAUACAGAGAGACGUUCAGACAGAUUCAGAUCGACAUCCCUAGAAUGUCGCCCCUUGUUCCGCUGUUUCAGCAGAAGGUUGUACAAGAGAUGUUCGAACGGAUUUUGUACAUCUGGGCAUAUCGUCACCCUGCCAGUGGCUAUGUGCAAGGCAUAAACGACCUGGUCACCCCGUUCUUCAUUGUGUUUUUGUCAGAACGCAACGGCGAGGACAUCGCUGACCUCGACUUGCUGUCGAUGAGCGACGAAGAGCGCAACGUCAUCGAGGCAGACAGCUACUGGUGCGUGUCGGCUUUGCUGGACACCAUCCAGGAUAACUACACCUUCGCUCAGCCUGGCAUCCAGAAAAAGGUCACGAAAUUGGAAACGUUGGUCAGCAGAGUGGACAGUGCCUUAAACGAGCAUUUGCGCAAAAAUCAAGUCGAAUACCUGCAGUUUGCGUUCCGGUGGAUGAACAAUUUGCUCAUGCGAGAGCUGCCGUUGUCGGCAACGAUCCGGCUUUGGGACACGUACCUGUGCGAAAACAACGGCUUCGCCGAAUUCCAUCUGUACGUAUGCGCCGCGUUUCUCUGUUACUGGUCGAAACAGAUCCAGGAACAGCACGACUUCCAGAGUAUCAUGCUGCUCAUCCAAAACCUGCCCACACAGCACUGGGGAGAAGCGCAAAUCAGCGAACUCACCGCCAAGGCGUUCAGUCUAAUGUACACAUUUUCCGGGGCGAAAAGUCAUCUUUCUGUUACAUCGACAAAACCGUCGUGACU